AUGGUUGAGAGUUCUGGGUUUCAGCUAGGUGUGGUCGGGUCGCUGGCUCUUUCGGUUGCCUCCUCGGUUUCGAUUGUCAUAUGUAACAAAGCUCUCAUGAGCACUCUUGGCUUCCCUUUCGCUACAACGCUAACAAGCUGGCAUCUAUUGGUGACCUUCUGCACGCUCCAUGUCGCGCAGCGCCUCCGCUUCUUUGAGUCCAAAUCAAUCGACACGAAGACGGUGGUUCUCUUUGGCCUCCUUAACGGCACCUCCGUUGGCUUCCUGAACCUCAGCCUCGGCUUCAACUCCAUUGGAUUCUACCAGAUGACUAAACUUGCCAUCAUACCUUUUACUGUCCUGCUGGAGACUCUGUUCUUGAAGAAAACUUUCAGCCAUAGUAUCAAGCUGGCUUUGCUUCUCCUCCUGCUUGGAGUCGGCAUUGCAUCGGUCACCGAUCUCAACCUCAAUCUUCUUGGCUCCAUCGUCUCCGUUCUUGCGAUUGCCACUACAUGCAUUAGCCAAAUUAUGACGAACACGAUUCAGAAGAGGUUGAAAGUUUCCUCCACGCAACUUUUGUAUCAAUCAUCUCCAUACCAAGCAUCUAUUCUAGUUGCGACUGGCCCAUUUGUGGACCGGAUGCUCACCGGACAAAACGUGUUCGCCUACGACUACAAACCUCUGGUUCUGGCAUUCAUCGUGCUGUCUUGCUUGAUUGCUGUGUCGGUUAACUUCAGCACCUUUUUGGUAAUUGGGGUAACAUCGCCGGUGACAUAUCAAGUUCUCGGCCACCUCAAGACAUGCCUCAUUCUCUCGAUCGGCUACAUUAUGCUGCAUGAUCCCUUCACGAGCAGAAACAUUGCAGGAAUCCUUGUUGCCAUCUUUGGGAUGGCUCUCUAUUCAUACUUCUCUGUGCAAGAGAGCAAAAAGAAAUCAGCAAAUGAUACUUUACUCAUUUCACAGGUUCGAUAGUCCUCAUAUUCUGGAUGUUACCGUAAUCUGUCUUUCAAGUCUAUGUUUUGAGUGUUGUUAUGAAAAGUGAUGAUAUGUGGUCAUUGCAGAUGGCAAAGGAAACAGCGCCACUUUUUGCGGAUCAAAAAUCAUGAUAAAAACAACAAUGAUAUCAAAAAAUUGCAUGGACUUCCAGCAGUUGCUGACAACUCUCUGAC